AUGGCGGUGCCUUUGAAUGCUGAAUGGUUGGGAUUUCAUCAUCAUCCGCGCGGCUACACACACAAGUCUAUCUGUCCCACCAGCCGUCCAAUCACUUGUGCCCUCUUUGACUUUGUUCUUUCGGGCUCCGUAGACGGGCCGCCCGUCUUCCUCGUGACAUUCCUGCUCGUCGCCUUGGCAGGGCUGAAGCGCUGGCUCGUGGCUUUACGGCCGCACGCUUCAUCUGUCAACGGCGUCGUUCGCGGGAGGCUAGCCUCCGGACUACUAGCAGACAAGUUACCAAGGUUCGUAGAGUAUUCUAAUCCUCCGACCCGUGGCGCUACCGUUCACGCAAGCUGGCCAAUCAAGUGCUUCAACCGAACAUUGCGUGAUGGGAAACUUGUCACGGGACCCGGAACAUACUACACUAAUCAAACACCACAAUCACACUCAGCACAGAGAAACCCAGUCCAGUGA